AUGAGGGGGCAGGGGGAACGGAGGUGUGACAGGGCAGAGCGGUACCGGGGGCACGGGGAUAACUGGGCGGGGGUUAACGGGACCGGUCCGCGGGCCCCAGCCGUAGGCACGGGCACGUCGCUGGCGCUGUCGUCGCUGCUGUCGCUGCUGCUGUUCGCCGGGAUGCAGAUGUACAGCCGGCAGCUGGCCUCCACCGAGUGGCUGACCAUCCAGGGAGGGCUGCUGGGCUCGGCGCUCUUCGUCUGCUCCCUCACCGCCUUCAACAACCUGGAGAACCUCAUCUUCGGGAAGGGCUUCCAGGCCAAGAUAUUCCCUGAGAUCCUCACCUGCCUCUUGCUGGCCCUGUUCGCCUCUGGCCUCAUCCACCGGGUCUGUGUGACCACCUGCCUCAUCUUCUCCAUGGUGGGUCUCUACUACAUCAACAAGAUCUCCUCCACUCUGUACCAGUCCACAGCGCCCAUCGCUGCUCCUGCCAAGGCUGUUGGCAAGGGCAGGAAGAGAAAUUGAUGUCCUGCUGCCCCUUCCUGGGGCAGCCCCCUUCUUGUGGCCGAUCCAGGACUCCCCCCUGCCCAAUAAA